UAAUUAAUCGCAAGUUACAGACUUACAGUAGUAUAAAAAUAUACAAAACCUAUCAUAAGAAAAUUCUCCAUGUUACUCUAUACAAUAAACCUCUCUGUUUCUCUCUGUUUUGUUCUGUUUUAUUAGAACAAACAAAUUUCACUAGAAAUAACAAAAACAACCAACAACAAAGAUGAUCAUACCAAUACUCAUAUUAGUAUCAUCAAUUUUCUUCAUUAGUGGUUUUUUAAACCUCAAAUUAUUCAACUCCACUAAGAAUUUCUUGUUACAUAUCAAAAAACCCAUCUUAUCUUCCCCUGCAUCUCCCCUGCAACCAAUUUCUUCACCCAAAAAAAAUCACACGAUCCAUUUGAUCAGCAAAGAUGAUGAUCUAAAGCGAGUUUUCGACUCGUUCGACAAGAAUGGAGAUGGGUCUAUUACAAAAGAGGAGCUCAAAGAAUCACUUAACAACAUGGGUAUUUUAGUGCCAUUGAAGGAUAUUGAAGAAAUGGUUGAAAAUUUAGAUUCUAACAAAGAUGGGUUAGUUGAUCUUAGUGAGUUUAGAGAGUUAUAUGAGUUGUUAAAGGGGAUAGAAGAGAAGAAAAAUGAAGAAGGUAAAAAAGUUGGUGAUUUUGAUGAUGAAGAAGAAGAUUUAAAAGAAGCUUUUAGUGUGUUUGAUGGUAAUAAAGAUGGAUUAAUUACAGUGGAAGAGUUAAAAUUGGUGUUAUCUUCAUUAGGGUUAAAAGAAGGAAAUAAAGAAGAGGAUUGUAAAGAGAUGAUUAAGAAGGUAGAUGUUGAUGGAGAUGGUAUGGUUAAUUAUGAUGAGUUUAAGAUGAUGAUGAGAGCUCGUUGUAGUAAUGCUUCUUCAAGGUUUUGUGCAUAAUUUUUAGGUAAUUCUAGGUUUUUAUUUUUAGGUCUUUUAUGUGCAUGUAUGUGAGUUUUGACUUUAAGGUGUUUUUUUUUUCUUUUAGGGUUGUGUAGUUUGUGUUCCAAGACUUUGUUAAUAUGAAUUUGCUAGAGAAUUAGAGUUGGGGGUUAAGAUUGGGUUUUUCCUAAUCUUGAGACCUUAAAAUUGUAAUGUGGAUACAUAUCAAUUUUACUCUUAUCUCAUUGAGUCAUUGUUAGGUAGGUGAAAAAGAGAUGAACAAGUAAUUUUUGUAACUUUGUUUUUUUUUUAUGUGAAUAUAAUGUUAAUAUAUAUGACGUUCUUUUGAGAA